ACACGUAAUAUGUGAACGACUCGAGUCAUUGUUCAAUAAUAAUACACUAAUAUUAUAUUAAGCACUGGUAUUAUAAAAGCUAACUGAGCGCUCACAUAGGCAUAUCUCUCUCUCUUUAGGACUGAGCUCAACGUUAAGCGCCGCACACACACACAAAACACAACCAUUUGCUUUGGGGAUACCAUCACUACUACAACUAUAACUGACUGACUGACUGACUGACCACACCAUCCCUUUUACUACCCGACCGACUGACUGACUGACGGACAACUAUCUCAUCGACGAAGACGACAACCACUGCCGUCAUUCAUAUCAUCCGAUAGAGCGAAACGACAACUACCGGCGCUGACACACACAUGUCGACCGCUGACCCGAAUAACGCCGAUAACAUCGAUCUGUAUGCCGACGAUUUGGGCGAAGAGUUCAAUCAGGAAAAUGAUUACAACGACCCGAACAGUGACCUCUACGACGUUGUGAUAACACCGUCGACUAAACGGGGCGGCGAUGACGACGACGACUAUGGUCUACCGCAAGAUAAUGGCAACUCUAACCAUCACAAUAAUAAUGACAAUACAGGCGACGGCCUCGGCAUUAGUCUUAGCGGUAGUGGCGGUCCGCCAUCCAAAAAGAUUGGCCUCUAUGUGGGCAACCUUUCGUGGUGGACCACCGAUCAGGACGUUAUGGACGCCGUACUUGAUUUGGGUGUCAAUGAUAUAUUUGAGGUGAAAUUUUUCGAAAAUCGGGCCAAUGGCCAGUCAAAAGGUUUUUGUGUGAUAACAUUGGGUUCGGACGCAUCGGUUCGGACAGUCAUCGAAAAGUUACCAAAAAAUGAACUUCACGGACAGAAUCCGGUGGUCACUCCGUGUAAUCGACAAAAUUUGAAUCAUUUUGAAAUGCAAUCGCGAAAGACAGCUCCCGGAGGCGGCGGGCCAGGAGCAGGAAAUCAGCAUUUGGGCGGUCAGCAACCGUAUCCCAAUCAAAGAGGUCCGCCACCGGCUGGCGGAAUGCGUCCGCCGCUAAUUCAGCGUCCAGUUAGGCCAAAUGGCCCAUUAAUACCGGGACAACCGCGUAUGGGUAUGCCUCAGGGCGGACCGUUUGGAGGCGGCCAGCCUCAAUGGCAACCGGGAAUGCCGAAUCCACCACCGCGUCCACCAGCACCCAUGCAUCCCGGAGCGCCACCAGGAAUGGGCAAUAUGCCAUUGAUGCGAAUGCCGCCACAACAACCCAGAGGUCCUGUUCCUAAUCAGCCACUAUUGCGCGGUCCGAGCACUCAAAACGAUCCACGAAUGGCACAUCAGGGCGGACCGAUGCCCGACUGGGCCGAUCCGCAUGGGCCACAUCCACACGGACCGCCAGGUUCUCAAAAUAUGCUUAUGCCACAACCAGGACAGGCACAGCCACCGCCAUCAAUGCCACCCAGAGAUCAAUUUUCCGGCCAGGUUCCUGGAAUGCCGCCCGUCGGCGGUCCUCAUCCACCCGGUCCGGCACCUCAUGUUAAUCCGGCGUUUUUCAAUUCACAACAUCACAUGUCGUCCGGUCCGCAACAGCAAGGCGAUCAAUUUGGCAAUCGUAUGCCACCCGGUCCAGUUCAAUAUGGUGGACACGGCGACUAUCGAAGCGGCGGACCGAUGCCGGGCAUGGAUGGCGGACCCAUGUCUAUGCAGAUUAGCGAUCAAGAGUUUGAAGAGAUUAUGUCGAAAAAUCGAACCGUUUCGAGCUCUGCCAUUGCUCGGGCCGUUACGGACGCAUCAUCGGGAGACUUUGCCGCAGCUAUCGAGACACUGGUGACCGCCAUAUCAUUGAUCAAACAAUCAAAAGUGGCAAACGACGAACGGUGCAAAAUCCUCAUCAGUUCACUACAGGAUACACUGCAUGGCAUCGAAAGCAAGUCCUACAGCAGCGGCGGUUCAUCGCGAAAGGAUAGGCCCCGAUCGCGGGACAGAUCGCGCGAACGAUCCUCACGUCGGGAAAAAUCGCGAAGAGAUCGGUCGCGUAGUCGUGAACGCGAAUAUCGGGAACGCAGUCGCGAUCGCUAUCACGAAUCGGACAGAUAUCACGAAUCGGAACGAGACUCUCGGCGCGAUCGGGAACGCGAUCACCGAAGUAGUCGUCACUAAAAAAUCGACGAAAAACAAAACCAAUAAUAAAAUAAAGACAUAAUUUUAUAUAUCAUUGAAUAAAACGCCGAUUCAUUGGACGGAAAUGAAUAGAUACUUCAUUUAAUUGCCACUUAUUAUUGAUAUAAUAAUAAUAAUAAUAACUUAAAUAUUAUUACAAUUUCUAUUAUUAAUUAUUUCCUAAUUAUA